AAUGCAUGGACACAAAUAAAAUGUACACGACCUAAAAAUGAGGUCUGUUGCACCAAGAAGGAUUGAAAGGAUGUUAUCUUUUCGACCAAUGAACCUAUCUAAGCUGAAUAAAAUUGAAGUAAAUUACAAUCGUAUGAACGAGUGCGCAAGUUACUUUGUCAAGAAUCUAGUACCUCUUAUGGCCUAUGGAAACAAGCAUAUACAGUUCAAUGCCCAUGUGUCAGAUGAAGAAGGCCCAGAAUAUUGUAAACUCUCCCUAGCUUCAGAUGACCAAUUGAUACUUAACCUUAAGCUAUAUAAAUAUCCAUUGCAAGUAAUGCAAAGGAUUGUAGAUGUUGCGGAAUAUCAUAAUGAACACACUUGAAUCGUUAGA